AUGGAAAGGCACGCGGCACUCAUUGCCGCCACCCGUGGCGAUGGUGCGUUUUCUGUUCCUGCGCUGGACGCUGUUGUCCGCGACCUGUUCGAGCCGUCGGCGGCCGAGCCCGAGCUGGCUGCCUCGGCCAACCAGGCACUGCUGGCCUUCCAGGCCUGGCCGGGCGCAUGGCAGACUGUGCCGGACAUUGUCGACUCGACCGAGUACAGCCCAACUCGGGCCAUUGCUCUUGCUCUCCUUGACGAUGCCAUCGCCAACCCGCUCUUUGCCCGCCUCGUCCCGCUCCAUCAGUGGGAGGCCAUCGCCUCGUGGCUCACCGCCUUUCUCGCCGCUGCCGUCGCUGCCGCUGAUGGCGCAAAGGCGGCCGCUGCAGACGCCACGCGCGCUGCGCUUGCUGCAGACACUGCAGGCUCGGAUCCGGCCGGGGAAGCUGCCGACGCCGCCGACGAUGCCCGCGAUGCCGCUGCUGAGACCUCUGCCCUGGCCGCCAAGGCUGCUUCCAUGGUCGUCACCCUCGCCGUCAACAAGCUCUGGCCGGCGCACUGGCCGGGCCUGGUCACCGAGCUGGUCCAAGGCGCCGCAUCCUCGCGCCUUGCUGCAGUCACCAAUCUUGGCAUUCUUGCCGAUCUCGCCUCCGCCGUCGUCGCUGUCCUCGCUCCGGGCUCAGCGCGCAUCGGCUCUAAGGCUGCCCCGCCCGUCGUCAACGCCGACCGUCGCGCCGCGCUUGCCCACCAGCUUGAGCUCGACUUUCCGGUCAUUGUCCAUCUCGCCAUCGAGGCCGCCGCCACGCCCGACGACGAGCUCUCGCUCGCUGCCCUCGCUGCCCUUGCCUCGUUUGCAGAGUGGAUGCCGCCUGCGCUCGCCCUCUCCAGCCAGCUGUUGGACACCCUCAUGUCGGCUGCCGCCUGCCCUACACCCCAGCUGGCCGCUGCCGCUGCGGCCUCGGCCUCGCGCCGUGGCCUCCGGCACGCCUGGCUUGCCCUCGUCGCUCUCGCGCGUCUUGGCGAUGCCACCGCAAAGCGUGCGGCGCAAACCGAGACCGACAUUACCCUCGUUCGCGCCGCCUCCGACGGCCUUGAGCCCGAGCUCCAGCCAGCGCUGGUCGAAGCGCUGCUUGCUGCCGUCGCCAAGGCCCUCCCGCCGGCGGCCGAUCUGCCGCAGUGGGUCGAGGCUGCGCCGGCUGUGGUCGUCCACAUGGCGAGCCUUGCAUCGGCCUUUAUUGUGCGCACCACAGAGUUUGUCGCCGACGCUGCCAGCUGUGACGCAAUUGCUCAGCGAGUCACCGCCGUCCACGGCUCGGCUGACGUCCUCACCGAUGCCCUUGUCGCUGCCGCCACGUUCCUGGCUGCUGCCGUCACCGCCGGUCUCACCCUCCUCCGCGACGCGGCCGCCGCUAGCCUCGACGACGACGACACCGCCGCCGUCGGCUCGCUCGUUGUCGAGGCCGCCGCUGGCCUGCCUCCCGCCAUCGCCGGCUGUGCUCCGCUCGGCCUCGACUCGCUGCUCCCGAACCCGCCCGCAGGCCGCCUCCUUACCGCACUCCUCACCGCUGCGCCGCAGCCCGACGGACCAGCGCUUGCGCCGCCUGCUUCGCACGCAGAGUCGUGGACCCUCCUCUCGCCACCGCUCUCGGGGAGCUACGAGCUCUCGCUUGCGCCAGCUGUAGCCUCGGUAACGAUGGCGCUCGCAGAGAGCCGCAACACCGGCGAGGUGCUUGCGGCAGCGUCGGUGGCCAUAGGCUCUGGCGAGCCGGACGCGGUUGUCCGGCUCGCGUGGGCCUUCACCUCGCUCGCCCCAUCGGCGCCGUCGUCGGCUCUUGCCGCCCUCCUCGGUGUCCUCGCCCAGCUCGAGUGUCCGCCGCUGGACUCGGACUCGCACGCGCGGGUUUACUUUCUCGCCUCGCUCCUUCCAGCGUGGUGCGUCGCGAGCGAGAGCCUCGGUGCCCCGGGUACGGUAGCUGUCGAGCUUGCUCACUUUGCCACUGAUGCGGCGUCAUCGGCAGGUGCGGCAGGCCUCGCGCCGCUGAUUCGCAUCGUCGCCUCUGCCGCCGCCAAGCUCAGCCACAUCUCGUUCGACGCCGCCAGCCCGGUCCUCGUCGAGGCUUGGCUAACCCUAGCAGGCGCGCUGGUCCCCGCCACGGCGUCGUGGCCGCCACCCCAGGGCGCGCACAUACUGCGCGACGCCUACUUUGACAUUGUCGCUGCACUUUGUCGCGCCGCAAGCGACGCCGGCGCCGACGAGGUCCGCGACGAGUUUCUAGCCGCCAUCGACCACAUGCUCCUUCAGCCCAUCGAUGUUGACGCGCUCACGGCCGCCCUCGCCGACCGCGAGCUCCCGGGCGUGCUCUCGGCUGUCAUGCACCUCGCCGAGCUACAUGCAGUGCUGGCGCGCGCGCUCGGCAUCCACUACGCCGCGCUCUUUGAAGCCUACGCCGCUCCACUCACCAACCUCGCCCUCGGCCUCCACGGCCGGGUCGUCGACGCCGCUGCCUCCGGCUCGGUCGACGAAGCCAUCGGCUCGGUCAUGGCAGUUCGCUCGCUGCUCCGUGGCCUUGAUGCAGGCCUCCGCGUAGUGCCGGCUGGCUUGCUCGCCUCGCCAGACCUGGUCUGGGGCGUGCUCGGCGAGCUGGUCGCCGUCUUUGCCGACGCCCCGGUCAACGCGCUUCUGCCCGAGCUCCUUGCGCCGAUCGCCGCCAUUGUCACCCGUGCCGGCGACUCACUCACACCCGACAUGGUGUCCGCUGUUGCCGAGGGUGUCCUCGCCCGCGGCGCGAUCCUCAUUGGCGAAGACACCAGCUCGCUCCCAGAGCUCCGUCUGCCGCUCUUUGAGCUCGCUGGUAAGCUUCUGGCUGGCUGCAUGGCCGCUCUCGACGAUGGCGGCGUAGCCGCCGGCAUCGAGCUCGGCCUCUGGGCCACCCGGCACGCUCACCAGCCAGCGCUGAUCAAGGUUGGUCUCAAAGGGCUCGCCUCGGGCGUCCGCGCCCUCGCUGGAGACAACGGUGAGGGCAUCGGCUCGGAGCGCAUGCUCGCGUUUGCGCAGGCGUUCUGGGAUAGGUUGUGGAACGAUGGGCUCGUCGUCGUAUUUAACGCGCGUAACAGGAGCGAGCUCGCCGCGGCGCUCCCGCUCCUCGACACGCUCCUUGCUGUCGCCGGCACCGUCGGCUCGGAUUGGCCGGCGGUGUCGGCGACUCCGGAGGCCACCAAGCUCGCCGAAGCGCGAACUCUCCCCGCGGCUGCCGAAGACGGCGCGCUGGUGGACGGCUCGCUCGCCCGCCACAUCUCGCGCUCGCACUCUUUGACGCCGACACGGCGCUAGAGACUACGCUGCGAGCGCUGCACGAGGGCGUCAAGCUCAAAGCGCUUGCGUGAGGUGCGUUACGACGAAAUCGAUGAGUCUGAGACAGAGUCGUAGGUGUAGUACGCCUCGAUGCCCGAGUCCUCGUCCGAGGCCGCAGCGGGGACAAGCGCACCAGCGCGCCGCAGACGGGUCUCGUUGUGCUCGCCGUAGCGUGGGCCGCGCCAGAGCGGAAGGACCUGAUGGCCCUUGUGCGAGCGGAACUGCCUGCGGAAGACGCCGUCGGCACCCGAGUCCGAGGUAAAUGAUGAGUACGACGA